AUGCUCUUUUCAACGGCUUAUUAUAGCUAUGCAUUCUCUUCGAUUAAAGAUUGUACCCUGAUUUCUAGAGAAAAAGACCAGGAUAUUAAUGGUCUUACAAACAUUGAAUAUGGGAUUUUGAAGUUACACUGUCUCAAAUUGGAAGAAAUUCAUUCUGAGAUAUUUCUUUUCACGAGAAAUACAAGGAUGAGUUUUAUUUUCAGUGAAAACCGAGCUGGUCUGCAAGUUAUAUCUCGGUGA